CCCAAAAGCUACCGAUGCUAGGCUAACUGUCGUUAGCUACCGGGGAGCGGACAUGUUGUACCGACCCUUCCAUAAAUAAACAUCGCUUUUUAACCGGGAAUCGGGAGUCAAGAGGACGACUCGGAGCGUUGGGCAAUCAUGGAUGCCGUCAACGCCUUUAACCACGAGUUAUUCUCAUUGAUAGACUCCAAGCCCCCAAUCUCUCGGGCAAAGAUGAUCUCCAUCACCAAAUCGGCCAUCAAAGCUAUGAAACUCUACAAACAUGUGGUCCAGAUUGUGGAGAAGUUCAUCAAAAAGUGUAAGUCUGAGUACAAGAUAGCGGGCCUGUAUGUGGUGGAUUCCAUUGUUCGGCAGUCCAGACACCAAUUUGGAUCAGACAAGGACGUGUUCGGCCCAAGGUUCACCAAAAAUAUCACAGGAACCUUUGAGAACCUCUGCCUUUGCCCACUAGAGGACAGGAGUAAGAUCGUGCGGGUGUUGAACCUGUGGCAGAAGAACGGGGUGUUCAAGAUCGAGGUUAUUCAGCCCCUCCUGGACAUGGCAGCUGGCUCUAGCAGUGCUGCUGCACCCUACACAGGCUCAGAUGACCCAGGUUCUUCCCCGCCUCCAGCCAAAGAGCCAGUAACGGCCAACUCCACCAUGCCAUCCACUGCUCAGCUGCAAAACUCCGAUGCCUUUGCUGCUGUGGCACAGCUCUUCCAGUCCACGCAGGGUCAGCAGCUUCAACAGAUGCUCCAGAACUUCCAGCAGCAGCCUGGGAAGCCUGACAGCAACACUCAGCCUCACGUCCAUACCAGUCAAACACAGCCCCAAAGCGUUAACACUGGCCUGGCCAUGGUCGCCCCGCAACCGCCUCUGCUCACGCAAGCCGCCCAAGCCGCCCAAGCCGCCCAGCAGAAGACAGCUUUUGACAAGGUGGAAAAAUUGCUGGACCGUUUUGACUAUGAUGAUGAACCAGAAGUUGGAGAGGAGACAAAGAAGGAUGAAUCACAUGCCUCCUUUAUGCAGCAGCCUCCAGCCUUCCAACAGCACUUUAAACCACCGAUGAUUAACAUGUUGCAAGACCUCUCACAACAGGUCCCUCUGCCUCCUAAUGGCCAGCUCCAGACCUUUGGUUUACAGCCAGGACAAAGCUUCCCCGUCAUGAUGCCUCCUUUGGGGCACGCUUUGCCCGGGCAGCCCCCCCCUGGUUCGACUGGGCCUCCAGGCUUCCCAGGGCUAUAUCCCCCCCACAAUGCUGCCCAGCAACAACAGGAUUUGUCCAUUGAUAUGGACCAUUCAUCUAUGAGGGAUGGCAGACAUGGUCGACGAUCACACUCAGGCUCCAGGUCUCCAAAGCGAAGGAGGUCGCGGUCUAAUUCCCGUACGCGACGAUCCCGGCACAGGCGGUCCCGCUCCCGCUCCAGAGAGCGGCGUCACCAUUCCCCGCGCCCUCGCUCGCUGGAGCGCAGGGAGAGAGAGAAGGAGAGGGAUCGACGGCAGAAAGGCCUUCCAACGCCCAAGAGCGAGACACUAAGCAUUUGCAGUACAACGCUCUGGGUGGGCCAGUUGGACAAGAGAACACAACAGCAAGAUGUCGCCUCUUUACUGGAAGAGUUUGGGCAGAUAGAGUCCAUCAAUAUGAUCCCUCCACGUGGCUGUGCCUACAUUGUCAUGAUACAUAGGCAAGAUGCCUUCAAGGCUCUGCAGAAGCUUAGCAGAGGAUCUCACAAAGUGAACCAGAAAUCCAUCAAGAUUGCUUGGGCUUUGAACAAGGGCAUCAAGGCUGAGUUCAAACAGUACUGGGACGUGGAGCUGGGUGUCACCUACAUACCGUGGUCCAAAAUCAGAGAGGCUCAGUUGGAGGAGCUCAAAGAAGGAGGCGUCCUGGAUGUAGACACCUUAUCACCAGAGUGGAGUGGAGUGAGGAAGACUCUUGGCUUCCAGGAGGAACUCAACCACAACGGCCGUUCAGAGCUACAGCAGCCUGAGGAAACACAAGGGUUACCUCUGGCUGCUGCAGCCGCUCCUCCUGCGCAGGUUCCUCCAAUGCAGCAGCCAAUGGUCGGUGUGGGUUCUCUCCAGCCUCCUGUUUUUCCUGGUCCCAUAGGCAUGCCUCCGCCUUCCUUCCCCCCAGGCAUCCCCCCUCCGCCUUUCAUCAGACCCGGCUUCAACCACAUGCAGAUGCCUCCAGGUUUCCCUCCCCCGGGUACCAUGCCUCUCGGUCCCCCACCUCCCUCCAAAGGUGGAGUUGAAGACCCACCUCUGGACCCAGUUGGUCUGGGCAACAGGAAAAAUGACGAGGUCCCGGAGGGUCCCAACAUCUUCAACAACCAGAUGGGACUCAUGGGUAACCAGCUAGGUGGACCUCCUGGUUCCCACCCCGGUGCUCCUCCUGGAAACAUCCAACCCCCUUCUGGUGGUCUGCUUGGCGCACGGCCCGGUAUAAUCCCACUGCAGCGUCCUCCGGUUCCCCCACCGCCACACAUGCAGCGUUUCCCUCCACCCCACGGGCCACGACCCCCUCACCACAACAUGCCACCUAUGCCCCCGCAGAUGAUUGCCAGAGGGCCACACCCUCAAAUGAUGCACCACGACCCCCCUCUACUUAAAGGAGGCUUUGGAAUGAUGCCUCCCCACAAUAUGAGGGCUCCUUUCCCUCCACACGGGCAGGGUCCUCCUCCUCCUCCUCAAGGUCCGCCUCCUUUUAUCAGACCAGGGGGGCCUCGUGGCCCGGAGGGGCCAGAAGAAAUGGAAGGCAGGCCAUUCAGGGGGGACAGGCCUGGAGACAGGCCGGGAGAAAGGCCCGGAUUCAGGGACCGAGAGCCAGAGAGGGACAGGGACUGGGAUCGAGACAGGGAUAGAGAGAGGGACCGAGGUUUUGGAGGUGGAAGGCGUCUCUUUGGUGAUGGAGGGAGGGGAGGAGGAGGAGGUGGUGAUAGAAUGGAUGGGAGGGACCGACUUGGAGGCUGGCAAGAAGAUGGAGGAGGUCACCGUGGAGGAGGAUGGGAGAGAGACAGAGACCGGGAGAGAGACCGGGAGAGAGACCGCGAUCGCGUCGGAGACAGACGGGACUGGAGGGAGAGGCGAAACAGCAUGGAUGGCGACAGGGAGCGAGGGAGGAGUGAUGAUGGGGAUAGGGAUCGAGGGAAGGGAGAGGGGGGAGAAAGGGGAAAGGUGGAAGGAGGGAGUCGAGAAAGAGGGAAAGGAGCUGAAGGAGACAGGCCAAGGCGGUCAGAGAGGAAAGAGAGGACCACACGAUGGGACAGGGACGAUCGAUUGGCUGAACUGGAAAACGUGGAGAGAUUUCGGACCUCUAACGCAACAGAGCAAACUCCUGUGACUCCUGUGGUAGCUUUGGAAAGCAGUGAAGAACCAAGUGUGGAAGCUUCUGAAAAGAAGGCAGAUUCUGAACUUUUAGCUCCGUCUCCAGAGGAGCAGACGCCCUCUGUGCCCUCACCCUCAGCUCAAAGUGAGCCCACAGAAACUAAACAGGAAGCAGCAUCAUAGACUUGGCCCACUGCUCCUUCAGCUAGAGACUGCUGUGAACCACUGAAUGAUUUUAUUUUAUUUUUUUUUGUUAAAGGUGUUUUUCACAAUGAUAGUCAGCCUCAACUCCUGGCAUAAGCAUUCUAGCACGUCACCAUUUGCCAGUUGGUGAUUGACAGUUUCUGGUCUUGAAAACAAACAUCUCCCACACGUGUCGUCAGACAUUAUGUAAAAACGCUUGUUUUCAGACUGACUGGCUUCUGGUCAAAAUUUGGCUUUGCGUCUGCUACUGGAAACACAUGACCACACGAAAAUCUGUUUGGUAAAAUUGCUGUCGUUGAAUUAUUGGCUGUCAACUGUUUUUUUCCCUGUAAGAUGAAAGAAUGAACGGCGUGUUUGCAUGUUAUCGCGGCUCUGUCCAUUUUAGGUUCAUUUGAGCUUAGCUUUUAUGUUUUUUACUCCAGUUGGUUUGCAGACGGAGGAAACAAAUAACUUCUAUGACACACAUUUAUUUUGUACUUCAUUGCCUUAUCUGUGUGAUAGCAGGCACUCCUCAACAAAGUCAUGUUCAUUUUAAAUCUUUUUUUAAAUCUGCCAAAAUGUCAUGUCAAACACUGAAUAUCUUCUUCUCAAACAACUGUUCUGAUAAUACAGGCACCAUUUACUUUCCUUUGUUGUUUUCACGUCAUCUUGUGUUUCAUGUCUGCUCUUCAUUGCGAGAUCACAGCCAGUAAUGCGCAGCUUUCAAAGGACUACCGUGGCCUUAAAAUCAAAUCAAGUAUGUUUGUAGGUGUUUGAUGGGAAAAGAAAAGUACAAAUUGGGGAAAGACUUGUGGAGGUAAAUUACACUGAGAAUUAGGUUUGCUAAAUUGUUGAGCUCUCCUUUUGAUUAUGUCCCCACUUCUCAUCCUUUAAAACACUUUAUUUCAGGAAGAAUAAAGUAUUGUCUUCAUUCUAAAAGCCACUUGGUGCACAUUUACUGGCAAAUACACCAUGUCCUUUCAAAGAAAUCACUCUCAAUACAUGCUUUAUUCACCCAAACACUUGUAACAUUUUAAGAUUCAGGGAAUCAAGAAUUCUUCCCAUUCUUUGAUCAUACUGUACUUAUCCAGAUGCCACUUUAGGUCUUUUCAUUUUUUGUGUGUGUAUAUAUAAUUUUUUUUGGCAAACAUUAGCUGUUGUGGGGGCUCAGAAGCUCGGACUUUAACGGCGGCAUAAUCAAGUUUCUUUAGCUUGACGGACAUUGUGACUGAUUUCAGAUAAGACAUUUUGACGCAACGUGCACGAAAACUAGAUACAUUCAUCAUGAUAUAUCUCCCCUGGAAAAUUAAGGAUGUAAAGAAAUUGGACGUUAUAUAAUUGGGCUUUGUUUCAGAAGUUUGAAUCAUCGACAGAGAUACUGGUACAAAAAAAUAAGGACGAGUACUUCCAUUUGCAAAAAAAAUUGCACCCAGAUGAACUGUUCAAAACUGCUGAAAACAAACCUAAAAACAACAAAAACUGAUUUUCUUUGUCCUGGUUUCGGUCUUGACGAGCAAGUUUUCAGAACUAACAUUAACAUCAAAGUGGAAGUAAAAGUCCAUUUGAAGUCGAACACUGAUACAAAUGAGUUUUGGCCACAAGAAGAUACAAAAUGUAUCCCUGUCGAUGAAUUAUGUUUUGUUUUUGAUGAACACAGCUUUUACACUUAGUGUCUGUUUCACUGCAGACAUGCUGUACCUGAAGUUCACAUUUGAAGCCCAUAUUGUCCAAGCCCAACUCUUGCUCUUGACAUUUUUUUUUCUAACAGAGUGCAGAACUAAGGCGAUGAAAUGAAGACAGUUGCUUGGGUCACACGGCUGUAAAUAUGCUCGUAUCACUGACGAUUCGAAGGUGUAACGGUAUUUGUUGUUUAUGAUCCGUGAUUCGUUUGUCGUAGAUAAGGACAUUGACAUGGAAGGAACAACAGAGGCCUCUUGCUUUAACAUUUUUUAACUCAUGGUUUGAAAGUUGACAGAUGUUUCUAUGAUUUGUUAAUAACACAAAAGACAUGGACAUAAAAUCUCCAAUAUUUCAGCCAGAGGAAAUUGUUUUUAAUAAACUAUUUUUGUA